AUGCCAUGUAUACAAAAUAAUUCAAAUGAAUUUCUUAUUGAAGAAAUUAUCAUGUUAAAUUUUCGUGGUUAUAUUAUACCAAUAUUUAUUAUAUUUGGUAUAAUUGGAAGUAGUUUUGUUAUAAAUAGUUUUUAUUCUAUGCAAAAAUUACAACCAUCAAGAUUUAAUAUUUAUAUUAUAUGGAUUACAAUAUUUCAAAUUGUGGAUUUAAUAACUAAUACAUUUUUAGAUGAUUUUCUUGGACGUGGUUUAACAUGGGCAAGUGAUUGUAAAAUAUUUAUUAAAUUAGAUACUGUAUCAUCAUUCUCUUGUAAAAUAAUGAAUUAUAUACCAUAUACAGCUGUAUUAAUAUCAAAUACAUUAUUAGUUAUAUUUAGUAUAGAUCGUUUAUUAACUACGUAUAAACCCAUUAAAUUUCGUGGUGAUAUUUAUUUAUUAUUACCACGUUUAUUUAUUAUCAUUAUAAUAUGUAUAUCAAUGUUAUUAUAUUUACCACAAUUAAUUUAUUCUGAUUUAACAAUUCAUGAUAAUACUUCAUUAAUUGUUAAUUAUACAUGUCAAUAUGUGAAUUCAUUAUAUUUUGGUGUACAAUAUAGUUUAUAUUUAUCAACAAUAGGUGGAUAUAUGAUACCAACUAUAUUAAUAGCUAUAAUAAAUAUUAUAAUUAUUUUACGUUUACGUUAUUUAAUAAAAAAUAGACAAUUAUUAAAUAGUAAACAUAAUUCUAUUAUACAUAAGAAAAUCUCUAUUGAUAAUACUAUUAUUACUACUACUACUAAUAAUAAUAAUAAUGGUAAUAAUAAUAGUAAUAGUAAUAGUAAUAAUAAUACUUUAAAUGAUCGAAAAUAUUCAUUAUCAAAUCAAUUAAUACAGAAUCCAAAUAAACAAUUAACAAAUGAAUAUCAUAAUGAAAUGAGAAGAAUUAUUGGACAUUUAAUGGUUACAUCUAUUUUUUUAUUAUUUUCUAUACCAUUAAUUGUUAUUAUUAUAUUAAGACAAAAAUCAGAUUUUCAUAAUUAUCAUAUCAUUUAUCCAAUUUAUGUAAAACGUUUAAUUCAUUUAUCAAGAUUAUUUAGUUCACUUACAUCUAUUAUAUGUUCAUUUAAUUUUUUUAUAUUUUUAAUAUUUUUACCAAAUUUUCGUCAUAUGGUUUAUUUAUCUAUUUUUUCAUUACCAUUUAUUAAAACAACAAAAUAUUCUAUUAAACAUAUUGAACAAAUUGAAAUUAAAUUAUCUAAUCGUUUAAGAACACGUUUUAGACGAUCAAUUGAAUCAAAAUUAUUACAAACUACAAUGUUACAAAAAACACGUACUAAAUCAAUAGUUAAUUAA